AUGGGAAUGCAGGCGAAGAUACCGGUGAUGACUGGAUUGCCAGCUGCACGAAAGGAACAUGUCGAUCAUUUCAUUGACACCUUGGACGACCCCGAUCUGUCCAAUCAAUUGCUACUGCUGAAUGUGGAAGAUGCGGAUGCCAUGCAAAAGACACUGCAUGGGUAUCAACAAGGGAGAUCGCGUCAAAGGAAAGUGAUGAUUGGAUCGUCCAAGUUCAGGCUGAAGGGAAUUCCGGGUCCAGCGUUUUCUAAGCCUGCACGAGCGGUGAGGAUGGUCCGUACCGAGGAAGUCAGCAGCGAGUCAGGAUCGGACACCUGCGGAUCGGAUUUGGAAGAUCGAUUGAGAUCGAUCCAUCUGGCUGCUACUACGGAUCGACCUGUAUCCCGUAUUGACGUUGCAGCAAACGCGAGAUCGUCCGACCUGAACACUCGUCAAGAUCAUCAAGAUCGCAAUAUGCCAUCGAAGCCGUGUACUCAUUGCGGAUCGACCAAGCAUGGAGAUCUCGGUUGCUGA